AUGUGCGACGACGAUGUUGCUGCGCUCGUAGUGGACAAUGGCUCCGGUAUGUGCAAGGCCGGCUUUGCCGGUGACGACGCUCCCCGCGCCGUGUUCCCGUCCAUCGUCGGUCGCCCACGCCACCAGGGAGUGAUGGUCGGUAUGGGUCAGAAAGACUCCUACGUAGGUGACGAGGCCCAGAGCAAGAGAGGUAUCCUCACCCUGAAGUACCCCAUCGAGCAUGGCAUCAUCACCAACUGGGAUGAUAUGGAGAAGAUCUGGCACCACACCUUCUACAAUGAGCUGCGCGUCGCCCCCGAAGAGCACCCCGUUCUGCUCACCGAGGCCCCCCUGAACCCCAAGGCUAACAGGGAAAAGAUGACCCAAAUCAUGUUUGAGACCUUCAACUCACCCGCCAUGUACGUCGCCAUCCAGGCUGUACUCUCCCUGUACGCCUCUGGUCGUACCACCGGUAUCGUUCUUGACUCCGGUGAUGGUGUCUCCCACACCGUCCCCAUCUACGAAGGUUACGCCCUGCCCCACGCCAUCCUCCGUUUGGACUUGGCUGGUCGUGACUUGACCGACUACCUCAUGAAGAUCCUCACUGAGAGGGGCUACUCAUUCACCACCACCGCUGAGAGGGAAAUCGUACGUGACAUCAAGGAGAAGCUUUGCUAUGUCGCCCUGGACUUCGAACAGGAAAUGGCCACCGCCGCUGCCUCCACCUCCCUCGAGAAGUCGUACGAACUUCCCGACGGUCAGGUCAUCACCAUCGGUAACGAGAGGUUCCGUUGCCCAGAAGCCCUCUUCCAGCCUUCCUUCUUGGGUAUGGAAUCUUGUGGUAUCCACGAGACCGUGUACAACUCCAUCAUGAAGUGCGAUGUUGACAUCCGUAAGGACCUGUACGCCAACACUGUUAUGUCUGGUGGUACCACCAUGUACCCCGGUAUCGCCGACAGGAUGCAGAAGGAAAUCACCGCCCUCGCUCCCUCAACCAUCAAGAUCAAGAUCAUCGCUCCCCCCGAGAGGAAGUACUCCGUAUGGAUCGGUGGUUCCAUCCUUGCUUCCCUGUCCACCUUCCAGCAGAUGUGGAUCUCCAAGGAAGAGUACGACGAGUCCGGCCCUGGCAUCGUCCACCGCAAGUGCUUCUAA